AUGAGUUCUCCUCUAGGCGAUGUUUGCUCGUACUGCUGUGAAGGCAUAGACGGGGUUCCCCAUAGGCAUGAGUUGUGGAAAUCUUAUAAUAUGUGCACUUAUUGUAUGAACAACUUAAAAUCAUGUUUUUCUUGUGAAAAAAAAAUUAAAAAAAAUAUGAAUUCAUCCUUUCCCUCUUUUUGCUGUGGAUGGAAAGUUAACAAUUUGUGUGAGGAGUGUAGACAGUUAUCUCUAAUUUGCUGCGAUAAAAAUUUAACAGCAAUUAUGGCCGAAAUAUUAUAUUAUUUAGACCAUUACAUGCGUAUACAAAUAUCACACAAGUUUAUUAUUCUUCAGAAUAUUUAUACAUUUAAUAAAAUAAAUUAUGAUGAUAUGAAUCAUAGCUGCACAUUUGAAUAUGACCAUAUUAAAUAUAUGAAUAAGGAGAAGAAUAAUUAUGCUUUUAUUUUUGAAAAUGUUGAGAUAGGUAACAUGGGUAAUAGAAAUAAUAAUCAAUCAUUUAUUUCCCAUGAAUAUUCCAAAAAGUCAGUUUACCUGAACAGUAGAUAUUUUUCUGACAUAUAUAAGGAAAAUAAUACUACUCAAUCGGAAUACAAUACAGAACGGAAAAGACAAGGAGGAAUAAAAACUUUAAUGAAUGAAUUAAAAUUUUUAAAGAAGAGAAAAAAGAAUAAAAUGGGAAACUCAUUUUUUAUGGAAGAAGAAAUUAAGUCUACAGAAGUAAAUAAGGCAAAGAUACAUUUUUUGUCCCCCUUAAGAUACAUAAAUAGGAACGAAAUAAAAAUUAAAAGUAAAAGUAAAGAUAGUAGUAGUGAUGUGAUUUCACCCAAUCAUUUAAGGAGUGAACAGUUGGAAGAUGAAGCUAACAUUGAAAAUGCUAUUAUAGAAGAGAGACCCUCCUCAAUGGAUAAAAAAAAAGGGAUAUUUAACGAGAGUUUAGAAAUAAGACAAAAAGAAAGUGAAGAAGUAACGGAAUUAAUAAACAGUGCAAGGAACAGAGAGUACACAGUAAAACCUCUAUUUUCGAGAUGCUCAAGUUUAUAUAACUAUGCAACAAGGUCCCUUUUGGAAUAUAUUAAAAGGUUAAAAGAGAAACAAGUUGAAAAAAAAAAAUAUAUAUAUUAUAAUAAUGUAAUUUAUUCGUAUAAAAAGGGGAAAAAACGGAAAGAAAAACAAAAAAAAGAUACUCAAAAUUGGGAAGAGAAGAAAAUUGACCAAAUUAUGGAUAAGUAUAAUUUAAAUAUUGUAUUAUAUUUUAUGAACAGACAUAAUGAAAGUGAAAUAUACAAUAGGUUAUUAAACAAUCAGUUAAAAUAUAAAGAUCUGUUAUAUUUUAAAAAUAUAUUUAAUAAUAAUUCAAAUGAAAAAACAGCAGCUACUUGUGCUACUUGUAACUGUGUGAUUAUUUCCAAAAAAAAAUUGAUCCAGUUACAUGAACAAAAUAAAAAAUUCAGAAAUUAUAAAUAUAAAAAUCUAAAUUUAAAUGUAAACUUAAAUACAAAUUUAAAAAUUUUUUUUCAUUAUGAUAAUGAACAUAUAAAACUGAUUGAUCAUUUAUCUUUAACUAAUUCAAUCCCCAAAAUUUCUUUUUUCUUUUAUAUGUGCCAUGAAUUAAUGCAUACAUACAUAUGGCUUUCCAAAAUUAAAAAAUCCAAACGUUUUUGUCAUAUUUAUUCCUUGGUCAGAAUAUUAUAUGACCAUUCUUUUCCGGAAGAAAAAAAAUAUAGGCACCAAAAUUAUCAUCAAAAUUAUCAUCAAAAUUAUCAUCAAAAUUUGUCUUUUUAUUUAUCACCCGAGUUGGAAGAAGCUAUAUGUAUCCACGUUUCAAUUGAAUUUAUUCAACAUAUAAAGAAAAAUAUUCUGAACAAUAAUACUUACGAAACUGAGCUUAUAGACUAUUACGUUCGAACAUAUGAAUGUAGCAAAUCCCCAAUAUAUGGCACUAAUUACAGAUUAUUUAAAAAAAUUAUUCGUAAUUAUAAAAUUAUUGAAGUAAUGCAAAUUAUCAAUGAUGUAUAUUGCACAAAAUUUUACCCAGUGAUAACCCUCAGUUUAUUGCAAGCCGUUAUUUCGUUAAUUGACCUUAAUUAA